AUGAGAUCGCUAAGAUUAUGUCGUUUAUGCGUUAACAAACUACCGGAACUAGAAAAGGAAAGCAUCACAAAAAUUAUAUCAUCAGAUCAGAAUGUGGCCAUUGCAACCACCGAAGGAAGGUUAUUUAUGUCUGACAAUGGCGGGGCAGAAUUCGAAGAAAUACCCACAGGAGAUCCCAGUGGCAUUGUAGACAUCCACUUUUUGUUCGACGGGUCGCUUUGGGUAGCGAAUGAAAUGGGCCAAGUGUUCACAGUGAACGGCGUGGAUAGACGAUUCGAGGAGAUCGGUUUUCAAGAGACGGGCAUCAGUGCAGCCAGAUGGUCACCAGAUGGCGAGUUGUUGGUCAUUAUUAGUCUUCCUUUGGAGAAUGAAGACGCGCUGCAAGUACUGACAGCAGACUUUGAGCCAAUUGCCGUACAAGCAGCAGUUACUACUCAGCCAGGGGAGCAGGUCAUGGUUAAUGUUGGCUGGGGCUCGCGCUCGACCCAGUUCAUGGGACAAGCGGGGAAGGAAUCGCGCGAAAUUGAGCUGAAAGCAGCGACAAAGCUGAGCGACCGAGACAAUCUUCAAAUCGGGUUGUGCUGGCGAGGCGAUGCUGAGCUCUUCUGUACAUCCGUUCCUUGUUCUUCCGGGCGCCGCACGCGAAUCUACAACCGGGAAGGCGUCCAUCUUUCUACCACGGAUUCGCCUUCGAUAUUCCUCGGUCCGAUUUCCUGGCGCGCAUCUAGCUUGCUUUCUACAGUUGCCGAGUCUAUAUCCGGACAACUGAUCGUCGCGCAAAUCGAACGAAACGGACUUGAGCAUGGCCAAAUCGACUUAAUCCUCCAAGAUCAACCAGUCACGAAAAUCGCUUGGAACGCAUCAGGCGUCCUCCUUCUCGUCCAGUACUCUGAUUACUUCGAGCUGUGGCGUCAAGAAAAUUACCACUGGUAUCGACAAGUUCUUCAAAAAAUCAAUAACGAUGGUACAACUUUCAUCUUCUGGGAUGACUGCGAUGCCAAUAUUCUGCAUGUAUCUUCCGGUGGAAUUCUCAGCAAAUAUCACAUCGAAGCAUUCGUUAACGUUUACCAAAGCUCCAAAAUACUCGUUGCUGAUGGAAAAUUUAACAAUUUCACAGAUUACGAAAAAGCGAUCAUCCCCCCGCCAAUGUUUCAGUCUCAGUUUGACUCGUUACGUUCAAAACCCGCCGUAGUUACAGAAGAUGGAGCGCUUAUCGUGACGGAUAAAGCGAUCGUUAAUGCACAAGAUCAGUCUACUGUGAUGGAAGGGGAGUUUUCUGAUGUGAACCAGAUAUUCGCUCUAGGAAAGAAGGCUGUUUUCUUGGUUCAUGAUACAUUGGAGGGAAGUGAACUUGAAUACGUUACGCCGGAGACGUCCAUCAGGGAGAAGACCUUAAUUCAGCCAUGUUGGAUCACUCAUUUCGCUCGAGUCAACGACAAUACAUUUUUUGUCUCCAUGCUCAAUCAAGAAGGAGACUACGAGCUAGUCAAAGUUCAAGUAGAAAAGGGAGGACUGCAUUACACUCCUUUGGAUAUAACUCCUUCCACUCAUAUGUAUCGAAGUCUUUUUUGUUCCCAAGGAGAGCCAGUUUAUAUCUGCAAGAAUCAACCAUAUUUUGGCUGUGAUAAACUUCCACUGAAGAACGGAGAAACAGUUUUGUCCCUAGCAGCGAACGACGAGUUUAUCGCGGCAACGACGACGUGCCACGAGCUCUUGAUCUGGGAUCUUUCAAAAGCCGGUCAAGCAAAAGGAGCCGCUGGAAUCCAAAGCUGGCAGCCUGUGCGCCGUGGAUGCGAGCGUGGAGCUAGUAUCGUCACCCUCUUCGGCACCAAGGUCGUCUUGCAAAUGCCAAGAGGGAAUAUUGAAACCGUCGAGCCAAGAGCGAUGCUUUUCAAGCAAUUAGGAUCACUUUUGGAUAAUGAAAAGGUUGAAUGGAAACAGCUAUUCAAGAUGUGCAGAAGGCAACGAGUCAAUCUUAACCUCCUCGUUGAUCAUUCAGGAUACAAGAAGUUCCCAGCAAGCGAAUUCUUCAUCGAGUUACUUCCUAAGACAGCUGGAAAAAAUGAAGUCGAUGCGUUCCUCAAUUUCAUUUACGAACUAAGCGAGCAGAACUGCACCCAUCCCGGAGGCCUGUACCACGAAAUUUAUAGAGAGCGUUCAGAAAGGUCGCCAAAGGAGGCUGAAAAAGUUAAGCUCAUUUGCAACACAAUCGCCGAAAAAGCACGAGAAGAUGGAGAAAGACUUUCGCUCUUUUUGAAGAUCUAUCUGCAUUGUCGAUUGAAGGUGGUGGGAAUGGAGAAGACCUUGGUAGCAAUGGCAGAGCUUCGGCAGCAGAAACAGGUCCCAGUGGAGAAGCUAUCGGAAGGAAUCAAGUUCUUAGCAAUCAUGCAACAAGGUGACCAUGAUUUGUAUCAUUUCUCGCUGAAGACAUUCGACCUUGAGCUGGCGCUAAUUGCCGCCCAAGCGAUAGAACUCGACCCGAAAGAGUAUCUGGCCAAUCUCAAUAAAUUAGACAAGCUUGAAGCCAAUUUCCGCAAAUAUGUGAUCCUCGAUCAAUUAGAAUGCUACUCCGAAGCGCUCCUUCAAUUAAUCCACUUGCACAACUUAAAAGAUGAUGUCGAGCGAAAUAUUCCCACGGUAGAAGACUACGUCAAUAAGCAUAAUUUGUUCAACUUCGUUAUUCGCCUCCCAAAUCUAUCAAAACAAUUCAAAAAAGACGUCUGUCGAGCAUGGGCCGACAAAAUGAAGGAUAGCAGUCAUGAUUUGCAGGCAGCAAUUCUGUAUAAACAGAGCGGAGAUGAGGCUCUAAGUUCAACUCUUUUCUCGAAGCGCCAGCGAUGGCGUUUAGCUUCUGACCAGAAGGCGCUACGAAGCGAUUUCGACGAGCGUCUGGCCUCCAUCCCGACGCAAGACGCGGGCCAUGCCUCCUGGGGAGUCAACAGAGACCCCGAAGAGUCCGUCCGUUUGUUUGUUGAAGCAAACCAGUUUGAGAACGCGCUGAUGGUCUGCAACUCGACUGGCCGCGCCGACUUGUUACAAACAGACAUACAGCCAGCUGUCAAAUCCCACGCUCUGUCGAUUCUAGAGCAGUUGAAAGAAAUUGUCAAGGCUUGGUCAGAGAGACUUUUGAGGUUAGAAGAAUGCAAAGCGAAUCAACUCAGGAAAAUUCAAAUAAUGAACGAGGGUUACGACGAGGACCAGGGAGACUUCGAUGAUUUGGUUUCGGACUUGGGAAGUGUUCGGACAGGCAGCUCUAGGGUGUCCCGAAGUUCAAGGUCGACGGCAAAGAGUGCCAAAUCGAGGAGAAAGAAUGAAAGAAAAAAGUUUUCGACAAGAAAGGGAUCGCCAACGGAGCAUUUGGGCUUGCUAGAAGAGGCCAAAUCAUCUGUUGGCAAGUUUCAAAAGAUCGUCGAUGAGUUGGGAAGCUUUUUCGUUGUGCUUGGUUACUGUGGAGAAUUUAUCCUCGGAGCAGAAAUUCAAGAUCUCGUGAAGAGAUUUAUCAAUGAUUUGGAGCAUGAGAUCCACAAGAUUUGGCCUCGGGACGAUGAAGGUUUGGUGCUGUUGGAGAACUUCCAAAAAGAAGGCACUUUGAGGGAUUUGAGAGACUUGAGCGUUCUCGCUCCGCCGGAGAUUCCAAAGCGAUUCCAUAACUUUUCCAUUUUUGACUGA